UAAAAAUUAUACAUACUGGCUCAUACUUUUAAUAUUAAGUACCAAUGGUAUUAUUUGUUAAUGUGCCUUGUUUGUAGAUAAAGGAACCCAUUGGCAAAGGUGAAUUUUGCGAGGUGAAACUGGGCUACUGGAAGAAGAACAAGGUAGCCGUCAAAGUAUUAAACAUUCUUAUGAAGUACGCCACCCCCCAAAACCUAUUAACCUAAGCACGCACUAAACCACGACACAUUCCAGGUCAUUACACCUUGAGAACCUAGUGAACCUUUUAGGAAUAGUCAGAAGAAAGGACCAGAUCUACCUGAUAACACAGUUCAUGAGCAAGGGCAAUUUGGUGGACUAUCUCAGGUUCAGGGCCAGACAACACGUGACCGAAAAGGACCAAAUUAAUUUUGCGUUCGACACCAGCUCCGACAUGGAGUAUUUGGAGAAAAUGCACGUGGUGCACAGGGAUUUGGCCGCCAGGAACGUGUUGAUAGCCGAGAACGGGAGAGCCAAAGUGUCCGAUUUUGGGCUGGCCAGGCGGGACAACACCGCCGCCUCGGAGUCAGUCAAGCUGCCGAUUAAAAGGACCGCGCCCGAGGCGCUUAAACAAAAUUUGUACCUACAAUGCAACUGGUCAAUCUAACUACACAAAAAGUUUCUAAAAUAUGGUGGUGAUUCAAUUAUGCUCUGGGGAUGCUUC